AUGAAGUGGACAAAGUCCGCGACCAACAAGGUCGCUCUGACUUUGUUGGCUGCCGACAUGGCCAUGGCAGAUCUGCCGACCGUUGUCGAGCCUUGCCCAGAGGCCACCAGCCUUUCCAUCCCGCCCGUUACUGUCACCGCUCAGUACCAGCCCAUCUCAACCUGUGCGCCGACAACUGUCUGCGUCAAGGGCACAUGUGCAACUAAGUAUCCCUUGACCGCCUUCCCAUUUGUGUCCACAGUGGUUCCUUUCGCCUGGAACGGUACUACCUCUCAGCUCACCACCGUCACUGACAUUGCUCAGCCCGUCAGAGCGUCCGAAUUUCUGACCACGCUGACACAGGUGACUGCCGCUCCAUCUCUCGACAAGCGUAGCUGGGUCGAUUGGUUCAAGGAGAAGAGUCACGCUCCCCAAAGUACCACCCUCUAUCAGACCGUCACAAGACGGGCAAUGGUUCCUUACAAGGAGAUCGGUCCACUUUGCAUCCCUGAGUGGGAAGGUAGCGGUCUCUGCGAGAAGUGCGAGGGCAAGUCUGAUGGCAGCCGCUCGCAGCUUUUGGAUGUCACUGAAUGCCGUUCUGGUGUUAAUGUUGAUGGCAAGGCUUACGAGAAGUGUGUCGAAUGGUACGAGACCAUAAUCGAACGCCCGGCACCGACCUCCACCGUCACAGCUAGAGCUCUAUGCUCAAGCGAGGGCAAAAUUCCACACGCCGGCGUUUAUACCUGGACAUUCCCACAGGUUGCACCGCCUGUUACCAUCACUGCACCCCCUACGACUGUGACGGUCACUGUCAAGGGCCGACCAUCAUUGCAUGUGAUUCCGAAAGAGGUCAAAGUCAUCCCAGGAAAGGCCUGGAACGCCUACGUGACCAAGUCUUUCUCCGGCCCAACAACCUUCCAGUUCAACGUCUACAUUACAAAAGUCAUCAUCUUCAACGUCCCGUGGUUCACACAGCCAGCCGGCAACACUCGACAUAUCCCAGUCCCGACUGGAGGCCAUGGUGGAAAGGGCAGGAACUGGUGGCCACUUCCUGAACCCAGCAAGGGUGGAAGUGCCGGUCAAGCUUGGGAAGACUGGAACUCUGUUUCGUCAACCACCACGUCCGUGACCUCUACCGGCGGUCCCAUCAGCCAGACUACAUCUUCUUCUUCGUCUUCAUCAUCAUCGUCAUCCACGAGCACUACCUCAAAUGGCAGCGGACCCACUGGCGCGUCUACCUCCUCCUCAAGCAGCAGCUCCGCGGCCAGCUCUUCCUCCUCAAGCAGCAGCUCUGCCGCCAGCUCUUCCUCCUCAAGCAGUAGCUCCGCGGCCAGCAGCUCUUCGUCGAGCUCGAGCAGUGCCGCCUCUAGCAGCUCCUCAACCUCGAGCAGCUCGAGCAGUGCCGCAGCAAGCAGCAGCUCCUCCUCCAGCUCUUCUUCGAGCGCUGCAGCCGGCAGUUCAUCCUCAUCCAGCAGCUCUUCGACGUCUGCGUCUUCCACAACUACCCCAGUCCCAACCGGAACAGGUUUCGUCCUCCAGGUCAGCGCCUCGCCUGUCGCAAAUGUGAAACGCCAAGAGACUGUCACCAGGUACCUUGCAUUCGAUUCCAACCAAGUUGGCUUUGCUGUCGAGGCAAGGGUCUCAGCUGCGAUUGUUUUCCAGGGUACAGAGGGCAGUUUCAUAUCCGAAGGCCAAUUCUUGGGCACCACUAGACUGGACACCUCCUUCAUCCGAAGACUGGCCACUGUCCCACUGGGUUUCCGCUUCUGGUCCGUGGUUUUCGGAUUCGCGCGAUUGGAUGGCACAACUGGGUUCUGCUUGAGCGACAAUGGCCGUAUCUUCGCCUAUGUUGCGCCUGACACCUGUUCUUCUCCCAUUGUGCUGAUCCCAACUCCGAUCGACACCGCGAGCAGCACUUCGAGCUCUGCUUCUAGCACCCAGACGAGCUCCCUUACCAGCACUGCAUCAAGCACGACAGGAGUUGAGACUACUUCCACGUCCACUUCAAGCACGACAGAAGCCGAGACUACUUCCACGUCUGCUUCCGCCGCAUCAAGCACGACAGAAGCCGAGACUACUUCCACGUCCGCUUCCGCCGCAUCAACCACAACAGGAGCUGAGACUACCUCUGCCGCUUCGUCCUCUGCUGCAUCCACAUCUGAAUCAUCAAGCACGACAGACAGCGAGACUACCUCUACAAGCACGACGGGAGCUGAGACUACCUCUGCUGCUUCGUCCUCUGCUGCAUCCACUACUGCAUCCACUACUGAAGCAUCAAGCACGACAGACGCAGAGACUACCUCUACAAGCACGACAGGAGCUGAGACUACCUCUGUCGCGUCCACUUCCGGCGCUGUUUCCUCCAGUUCAACAAGUGCAGCCGAAUCGUCGUCGACACAAGGAUCAACAACCACCUUUACCAGCACAGCAUCUACUACCAGCUCGGCUCCAGCAACCACCUCUACCUCCGGCGCCCCCAUCUGCAAUAUUAAUGCAAAUAUCUGUCUCGAUUCCGACCUUAUUCAGGCAAACAUUGUUGCAACAGAAAACUGCCCUCUCCUCGGUGGCCUUACCUGCACCCUCAAUGACUUGUUAAGCCUUGUGCCGGCGCUUCUCGGUUCUAGCCCUAAUGUCUUGACUGUUAUUGCUGCCGAUAACCAGGUCUUGGGUCUCGACAUCUCACCCGAACAAGUCCAAGCUGCCCUCGUUUCUGGAACGCUAAACCAAGUGUGUUCUGCGUUGGGGACUGUCAGCGUUACCAUCACUGACCCAACCUGCCCGGCCCCCCCUGCGUCGAGCUCUACUUCAUCUACGGCUGCCGCCUCUAGCAGCACUUCGGCCGGCGGAAACGGAGCUUCCUCAACCUCUGCUGGCGCCUCAUCAACGUCCGCUGGUGCAUCAUCGACCUCUGCAAGCGCUUCCACGAGCUCUGCUGGUGCAGCAACAACUUCAGCUGCCACCACAACAGCCAAUGGUGGCGCAACGAGCUCGGCCAGCUCAACUUCCGCGACGCCUACUCCUACUUGCGGUCUGCAAGUCUCUCUCUGUGCCGGUCAGACCUUGGAAGACGUUGGCUUGAACGAGGUGACUUGCGACACCGGCAUUUCGGGUGUGUUAUGCAGCGUGACACAAGUCCUUGAAGCUGCCUUGAACGAUUGUGUCGGAGACUGCGCGGUCUAUGGACAGACUGGUACCCUUGGAGUCGAUCUUAACCCCAUCAUCGGCCUCCAAUCUAUUCAGUCUAUCCAAGCCGCAGUUGCCAACUACCCCAACUGUCAGCCUGGUGGACCAACUGUCACUCUCAGUGAGCCGACAUGCCCUGUCACCUUGCUGAAGCGAAAUGCCAGAAAAGCGCGCUACAUGCGCCGCUACUAA